AUUAGCAUAAAUUAAUUGGCAGGAAUGCAGAUGGAGGGCAAACAGCACUCAGCAGCCCGUUAUCUCACUCAUCGUCUAAUCGGGGCGAAACGACGCAAGAAUUAAUUUACCGCUCCGAUCCGGAGAGCUGCCGGCGUUCGGACUGGACGGCGUCGCAGUGAUGAGUUUAUGAUAAUGGAGCCUCAUGUGAAGCGGCAGCAGCCUGGACAGAGUCUGCAGGUGGAGCUGAAGGUGGAGCAGCAGGUAGAGCUGAAGGUGGAGCAGCAGGUGGAGCUGAAGGUGGAGCUGCAGGUGGAGCAGCAGGUGGAGCUGAAGGUGGAGCAGGUGGAGCAGCAGGUGGAGCUGAAGGUGGAGCUGAAGGUGGAGCUGCAGGUGGAGCAGCAGGUGGAGCAGAAGGUGGAGCAGCAGGUAGAGCUGAAGGUGGAGCAGCAGGUGGAGCAGCAGGUAGAGCUGAAGGUGGAGCAGCAGGUGGAGCAGCAGGUAGAGCUGCAGGUGGAGCAGCAGGUGGAGCUGAAGGUGGAGCUGAAGGUGGAGCUGCAGGUGGAGCAGCAGGUGGAGCUGAAGGUGGAGCAGCAGGUGGAGCAGCAGGUGGAGCUGAAGGUGGAGCUGCAGGUGGAGCUGUUCAGUCAGAUAAAAUCCAGCUUGUUUUGA